UUUCUCUGUUAUUCACCGAAAUAAAAUUUUCUAUUCCAUGUCAUUUUUUGCAUGAACUAUUUUUCUAGAUUUUUGGAGAUGGAAAAAUCAUCAAUGGUGAUGGGAAAAUACUUCAAUAACAAUCCAAUCUGGUUUGUCUUACUCUCUCCCUUUCUUUUAUGCUUCAUCUUGCUUCUACUGAAUCUCUCAGUUUUUGAUCCUGGAAAAGAUGGAGUCACCACUUUAGUCCAUGAUUUUGCAUUUCCAAACCCUCCAGAUCAGAAACCAAUUAGAGAUUUUCUUGGUAACCAAGCAACCCCAAAUCUUACCGCUAGGACUAAGAGCAAUGAUCACUCUGUUCAAACCAAUCAAGGAAAAAUCAACAACACAACCCAAAAAGGUAUUAGCGCUGAAAUUAACCAAUUCGAUUCAUGCUUGGGCCGGUACAUUUAUGUUCAUGAUCUUCCAAGCCAAUUCAAUAAGGAUUUGCUCAAGAAUUGUCGCAGUCUUAUGAAAUGGUUUGACAUGUGUGAAUAUUUAUCAAACAAGGGGUUUGGUAAGAGGAUUGAGGAUAACAAUUCCAAAAGGGUUUUGAUGAAAAAGGGUUGGUUUUCAACCAACCAAUUUUCAUUAGAAAUCAUUUUCCAUAACAGGAUUAACAUGUACAAAUGCUUAACCAAUGAUUCAUCCAUGGCAUCAGCAAUCUAUGUCCCCUUCUAUGCAGGACUAGAAGUUGGACAACAUCUUUGGGACCUAAACAUAUCAAAAAGAGAUUCUUCAGCUCGAAAACUCGUCCAUUGGCUAUCGAAAAAAGCUGAAUGGAAUACAAUGUGGGGAAGAGACCAUUUCUUGAUUGGAGGGAGGAUUGGAUGGGAUUUCAGGAGACAAACAGAGGAAGAAACUGAUUGGGGUUCAAAGCUCAUGUUCUUGCCAGAAUCAAACAACAUGACACUUUUGUCAAUCGAAUCGAGCUCGUGGAAUAACGACAUUGCUAUCCCAUAUCCAACAUAUUUCCAUCCUUCAAAGGAAAGUGAGGUGCUUGUUUGGCAAGAAAGAAUGAGAAAGAGAAACAGGAGGUAUUUGUUUUCUUUUGCAGGAGCACCAAGGCCUAAUUCCGAUGAUUCAAUCCGGGACAACCUGAUCAAACAGUGCAAAUCUUCUUCCAAACAUUGCAAGUUUAUGCGAUGUGAUGUUUCAAAUCAAUGUGAAGAGCCUGCGAAAGUGAUUGGAUUGUUUCAAAACUCAAUCUUCUGCUUACAACCAACAGGAGAUUCAUACACAAGAAGAUCAACUUUUGAUUCAAUCUUGGCAGGGUGUAUUCCAGUUUUCUUCCAUCCGGGUUCUGCUUAUGUGCAAUAUUUGUGGCAUUUACCAAAGAAUUAUAGCAAAUAUUCAGUGUUCAUAUCACAAACUAAUAUAAAAGAGAACAGGGUCAUCAUCAGUGAAAGAUUGCUUGGAAUUUCCAAAAAUGAGGUCAGGGCAAUGAGAGAGGAGGUCAUUAAGCUGAUUCCAAGGAUAAUAUAUGGGAAUUGGAGGUCUGACAUGGAGAGGAAACUUGAAGAUGCAUUUGAUAUAGCUGUAAAAGGUUUGCUAGAAAGAGUGGAGAAAGUAAGGAAGAAGAUCAAAGAAGGUAAAGAUCCAAGUGAAGGUUUUGCAGAAGAAAGCAGUAGGAAGUUUGAUUUGCUAGCUUUUGAAGGAGUAGUUAAUCCCUAA